AUUAAGCGCUUAUUUAAUUUACCUUUUCAGAUGUCACUCCUCAUGCUUCCUACUGAAAGGCAUUAUCCAGCAAAGGCUGCGUAUAGGGGAGGGAGCAUUAUGAGUACAAUAAUAGCAAAGUUCACGACAUUUGACUUGUUGGAACGAGCGAAACAGUCACCAUUCAAGCAAUUCUUCUUAGCUCCGCCUCUACAAUAUUCUGGAGUUAUUAUUCACCAGUUACUGCUUAGGAGAGUUGUUGGUAGAGGAAAGAACGAAUACUGCUUGAAUUUUAAUAUUUGUGGUCAGAAUACAAGGUUUGGAAUUAGUGAAUUUGGUUUGAUCACUGGAUUGAAUUGUGGAAUUUCUCCGGAUCAGGCAAAGUAUAAAGAAAUGACCAAGAGUAAAAGACUUCUCCAGACAUACUUGAACAAUAAAGAAUGUUUGUCUUCUGAAGAGUUGGAAGAUGGAUUCAAAAGGUGCGAUGUGAAAGAAGACGUAUGGAAAUUAGGUCUAUGUUUUUUGGUAGACUCUCUUUUAUUACCUAGUGAACCAAAGAUGAAAUGCUUUAUUGAUGUCCUUUCCAUGGUGGAAAAUGAAGAUGACUUCUUCAACUAUCCUUGGGGGAGAUUAUCAUACGAGAAGACAUUAUUCGGCUUGGCAAAAGAUAUGGAAAGGCUAAGGAAUAAAUACUUGAAGAAUGUUGAGCAAAAGAGAAAAAGACCAGCACCUCAGUACACAAUUUAUGGUUAUGCCAUUGCUCUGCAAUAUUGGGCCUAUGAAAUUUUCACAAAGUUCUCUGCAUUUGCUGAUCAACAACCCCUGGCCUUUCCAAGAAUGCUUAGCUGGUCAGCGCAUAAAAUGCUAAAAGAGAAAGAUAUUGAAGGUGUAUUUAAGAAAAAAAGUAAUCUUGUGAAGGCCACGCUCAAUCCAAGACCCGAAGAGAAAGAAUUUCAUGACUCUAUUAUUCAAGGACCAGAUGAACUACUCAUGGGACGUGUUAUUAGCUUUGUAGACGAUGAUGUGGAAUUGGAGUUUGAAAGGGAAGAACGUGAGGAAUCUCCCACAAAGCCCGAUGUAGCAGAUGGGCAUCGUCACGAGCAAGACAAGAAAGAGAUACCAACUCCAAUUAACACCCACCAUGAAAAGUUGUUAGCUGAUAUUGACACUUUGAAAAGUAACCAACAAAGAAUGGAGGAGAAGUUGGAUUAUCUAAUUGAAUUAGUGCUCUCGCAACGUAAAGGUAGUGAUUCUGAGGAUUCAUUAUCAGAUGAGCAUCUUGCUUCACCACACCAUACAUUUAUUAUGGAGCACGUUGUUGGAGAAGAUAGCCCUAGCUGUAAGGUGGUAUCUCCUGGAGAUAUGGCUGGGGUGGAAUUCAAGAGAAGGAGGGUUCCAACGAAAAGAAUUUUUGGUUCCGAGUUUACUGAUCCAACUAAGAAGAAAAAGAAAGCAAAGACAAUUGUAACUGAUCCUUGUGAAAUUAAUCCCCUACAGCCAUAUGACGAAAAGCAAAUGAGACGUUUUAAGAAAUGGGUAAUUGGUUUAAAAAAGAAUGAUAAGCCUAUUUCUCUCUUGGCUGGUUUGUGCACUGCGAAAUGGUUUAUUCAGCUACUUACACCACGUACAUGGCUGGACGGACUGGUGUGA